UUAUUGUCUAAAAAAAAAUAAAAAAAAAUAAAAAAAAAUAUGCAGAAUCUAUGAAUUUUGGAUUCAUUGUUAUUAAAAGUGAUUUUUAUUAAAAAAGUGCCAAAAAAUUUUGUUUUCAGUAAUGAUGUUUUGCCAUCGGUAACAAAAAUUUCUAAAGGAUCAAGGAACAGAAUGACGUCCGAACGGUUUCACAAAGCUGCACGCGAUGGCGCCUUAGACAUCUUAAAAGAAACAACAAAAAAGGAUUGUAACGCACGGGAUGACGGAGGAAUGACCCCUACAUUAUGGGCAGCCUUUGAAGGUCAUAUAGAUGCUCUGAGACUGCUCGUCGCCAGAGGGGGUGAUCCCGACAAAACCGAUUAUUUUGGUAAUACGGCCCUUCACCUGGCGGCAGCAAGGGGUCAUGAAUUUUGCGUCAAGUUCCUCGUGAAAUUCGGUUGUAAUAUUUGGUCCUUAGACAUCGAUAGACAUUCAGCUAGAGAUUUAGCUGCUAUAAAUGGAAGAGAAAUGACUCUUCAAUUUUUAGAUCUUGCUCAAGCCGAUCAAGAAUUAAAUAAUCGCAAAAAAAGUCGUCUACUUCGGGAAAAAGCAGAAAAAGAUGCUGAAAAAAGGUUAAAAGAAUAUAUGAAAAAACAAAAAAUGGCAGAAAUUCGAGCUGAAAAGGAACAAAAAAAAUUAUCAAAAGAUCGAACAAAAUUGGAUUUAACUACGGUUAACGAAAUCGGUAUUCUACCUCACAAACAUACUGUGUUGACCUUCAAAGGUCGAGUAAAACCUUCACCAACCUUCAGCGAUAUCGUCGGCACUACCACCAAGAAACAUGGUAGUGCAGUAUGUAAAAAAGCUUUAGCAAAAAAAGCUGUUGAUGAUUUUAAAGUAGUAGAGAUUGAAGUAAAUGGAAAAAAAUCGAUACGUAGUCUCACUGGACUUAGAAGAGAUUCUGAAAUAAUGUAUGUAGGGACUUAUGAAACCCAAACUCAACAAAUAGGAAAGAGAGGAAAAAUUUCGGAUGUUUGGGGUACAUUAAGCAAAGCACAAAGCACUCCUGAUCUCUUAGGUGAUCGAUCCUUCGAUGAUGAUAUAGAACAAGAUAAUAGAGAAGAUAUAAAUGAUAUAAAAGAUAAUGUCUUAUUACAAGAACCAGCGAGUAUCUUCAAUCGACCUGGUUUUGGAUCAGUAGCAUUUCGAAGAGCAAUAACUACUACUUUCGAUAAUCUGCCAUUCUCGCAAGUGGAUGCACAUGAACAAAACGGUAACUCUUCCGUGAAUGGUUCCGUAAAUGGAUCUAUAAAUGGUCAUAGAAUCAAUGGGCACAACGAAGAAAUCAGCAUAGGAAGUGCAGGUAGUUUAGCUCGUCGGCAAAGCAUGUGGGAUGAUGAUUUACUUUCAGAGGAAGAGACUGAUGAGGAAUGGACACCAUUACAAAGAUUUUUAGUUGCCAACAAUUUAUCAUCAAUUCAUCCGGUUUUAGAAUCAGAACAAAUUGAUUUAGAAGCCUUAAUGUUAUUAACUGAAACUGAUAUCGCCAUGCUUAAACUUCCACUUGGACCUAAAAGAAAAUUAAUGAAUGCUAUAGCUAACAGAAAAAGAGCAUUAGAUGCACCAGAAAAUAUUAUUAAAGAUAGCAGAUUAUGAAAUAUUGAUAGAAGAAUAUUAAUCUUAUUUUCG